GUCUCUCUCUCAGACACACACACACACACACACACACACACACACACACACACACACACACACACACACACACACACACACACUUAUUUCACCUCAUUGCAAUUUGGACUGUAAGGACAUUCAGAGCAUCGAUGAGACAGACAGCAUACAAAGACAGAAACUAUACACACGGUACCAGUUAUCAUCAUCAUUGAGAUAUGGAGAUAGAAGAGGACAUCUAUGCCAAUGUAGAGGAGAUCCGUGUGAAAGACUGUAAUGAUCUGGCUGCAGGUUACGAGACAUUACACCAGAGUCCACAGGCUGGAACAAGACUGAAGCAUGAGAAUCAGAACUCUCAGCCUUGGAGGAUGGCUACAGUUUCCCUGGGCCUGCUGUGUGUUGUCUUACUGAUCACAGUCACAAGCCUCUCUGUGCAUUAUGAUGAACAGUACUACGGACUGUCCAGACUCCAGACUUCAUACAACAACCUGACUGAGGAGAAACUCCGGCUGCAGAGGUCAGUUUCAGAGCAGGAGAAGAAGAUAUCAGAGCUUGGACCCUGUCCUGAUGGCUGGAGGAGACACAGAUGUAACUGUUAUUACUUAUCUAAUAACAGUAAAACUUGGAGUGAGAGCAGACAAGACUGCAGAGAGAGAGGAGCAGAUCUGUUGAUCAUAAACAGCAGAGAGGAACAGCAUUUUCUAAACACAUUGGGGAGGAAAAUGCAUUUCUGGAUUGGUCUGACUGACUCAGAGCAGGAAGGGAUCUGGAAAUGGGUGGAUGGAACAACAUCAACCACAACACAGUUCUGGAGAGAAGGAGAGCCAAAUAAUGCCCAGGGGGGUGAGAACUGUGCAGUCUUCAACAGCUUCAGAGAUACCCUGGGAAUUAUACAAUCAUGGAAUGACCAGCCUUGCUCAUUGCUUAUCCGUUGGGUAUGCAACUACACACCUAACGUGUCCUCCUAAUAGGCCUACACAUCUUGAUGGCAUCUGCCCACAGGAGAAUAUCUGAAUUCCAUUGUAAAAAAAAACGAAGCAUCUCCUACAAGUUGAUGCUGACAAGUCCUGGCAGGAAAACAAAUGACCCAUAACACAUGUAAAGAAAAAGUCCCGCUAAUUGGCUAACGAUUCAAAUGAAAGCUAACAUUGAAUCUACAUCAGACGUUAAUUCUUCAAGUCGGCUGUUUUGGCAUAUGUUUCAGAUAAUCUGAAUUCCCUUUUGAAUUUGCAAUAGCGUUUAGAUUUUUUUUCCGACACAAAGGUUAAUGUCUCCUGCAUUUCAUUAGUAGCACAAAUUGUAGAGAAAAUUCAAAUGAAUCUUGACAAAACAUUCCUGUUAACUAUGACUAAUAUGCACCCUCUACUGACUAGAAAGGCAUAUAGAAGGUCAAAGUGCAGAACAUCACAGUAGCAGGUAGAAUUACUUCAGAUUGCUUAAGAGAAAUGAUUGUGUUGUAAUAUGAGAAUGCAACUCAAUUGGAAGCUGAUGCGACUUGUAGGUUCAGUCAUAAUCUAUCCACCCAACAGUGGCUUCCACUGUGAACAAGACAGCUGCUUUAAACUGAUCAUUUCUUUGUCAGAUGGAAUGAUUUUAUAAAUAAACAUUUUUAGAAGAUAAGAGAUUAGCCAUCUUUUAAUUUAUUGUAUUGUGCAAACUGACAAUAGAAAUAUUAAUCAUUUGACCUUUGUUCAUAUGCUUUCCCCCCCCCAGAAAUCUGUGUUGUCAUAAAAACAUGCACUCAUAGUCAAGAUGUCUAAUAUAAUAAUGUCACUUAAUAAAAUUACAUAUUCUAUCAAUAA